GCUCUGGCGACAUUGUGGGUGAAAUUACCGGGAAGCUAUCAGGACCUGGCCGAUGCUACCAGGGACUAUCCGCCUGGCGGAGCUUACAUGGCCUAUCUUCAUUCACUUCCUCAACGAGCCACAAGCAGCCAUAGCUUUUUGAGAGAAGGCCGAAGUGUCGAUGAUGGUUUGCCUCCGUUCGAGACCGGCUCGAUGACGUCACUCCGACGGAAUGCCAUCAAUCCCGAUGACGAAUGUCAAUUACCGGAUACAAAACGACAUAAGAAGACCAGUGUCGCUGGUCGCCUUUAUGAGACGUCUGAAUUGUCCGAGACCGCUCUAUCUCAUCGAGUUCAACGGACAGUUCAACCAUCGAAAUGUUCCCAUUGUGAUACGUUGUCAAUCCUCUACACCGUACAAUGUACCGACUGUGGGGCUCAAUGGCAUAAGACCUGUUUCCCGAAGGGAAUUUAUCGAACAUGCGGUGUGAAAUCGAAGAUCGAAGAGAUCUGUGAAGCAUUUGAACGAUGUGCGGGUGAUUCUACGGUCGAUCUUGAACAUGUCCAUCCCAUGAAUUUGGCCUCUGUCGUGAAGCUCUACUUGAGGAAACUUCCAGAACCGUUGAUGACCUAUGAGCUCUACAACGAGUGGAUACGUUUCGGAGUGAAAUGUAACGAAGAGCCGGAUGACGAGCAUUUGGAAGAACUGAAACGCCUUACACGUCGGUUACCACUUUGUAAUUAUGAGACGUUGAAACAUCUGAUGCUUCAUCUGAAUCGUGUCACGUGAGUAUACGUCUCAGGACCUUGA